AUGCCUCCAAAGCAACAGUUGUCCAAAGCUGCUAAAGCUGCUGCCGCUCUUGCCGGUGGUAAGAAGUCCAAGAAGAAGUGGUCCAAGAAGUCUCACAAGGACAAGGCUCAACACGCUGUCAUUUUGGAUCAAGAGAAAUACGACAGAAUCUUGAAGGAAGUCCCAACCUACAGAUACGUCUCUGUCUCCGUUCUAGUUGACAGAUUAAAGAUUGGUGGUUCUAUGGCCAGAAUUGCUUUGAGAGAUUUGGAAGGUAAGGGUAUCAUCAAGCCUGUCUCCAAGCACUCCAAGCAAGCCAUCUACACCAGAGCUGCUGCUUCUGAAUAG